GUUUGUAUCUCAAGUUAAAAUGUGAAUUGGAUGUAAAGUAAAACAUGGAUCGAAUAGAUGCAGAAAUACCUGUUCGGUAUCCUUCAAGACGGAAAUAUCAUGAUGUCAAUAUCAGCAGUUUGCUUCAUAUUAAGCACGUGGGCGCUGGGAAACGGCCACCUGAUGCACAACAACAAGCUUCGAGCUACCAAAGCAAAUCGAAGAAAGAAGCGAGGAUGGGCAUACUUACAAGUUUACCGAGCGAGCAAACGAACCGGCAUUUAACGGGGGGAAAGAUUCGCAACUUUCUUGAGGAAGAAGUGUUUCAAAAUCACAACAAUAAUAUUACAAGCGAUUCUGACACAUCCGACCACCUUCAUGCUUAUCAUGGGAAAAAGAAAGCUAAAGUGAGGAAGAAACCACGUCGUCACACGGUGGCGACAUCGAGCUCGAUAAAACUUGAUGAGAUCGAGAAGUGGAUUGCCGACUCCAAGUUACAUGAUGCUUCAAACGUUGAUGAAUGUUGCAUCCCUGAGACGAAGAUAACUAGGACGAAGUUGGCGGAAAACAAAACCAACUAUAUUUUCUCUAGCUUAGUGGGAAACGAGAGAAGGAUGCAGCGGUCGGGUGAGAGAAGAAGGCGAAGCAGCUGCGGCGAUCUAUUCAGUAACAAUAACGCCAUUUGUGACGUAAUACAGGGGGCGCUCAAUGUUCGGCACCGCAGCGUUCAAAGCGUUGAGGCGAAAACUAAGACUUCGAGUUUUGGGCUAAACAGAAGACAUACCUGUUUCUUGACACCGAGACCUUACGGUAAAAGUUGGGACUCCACCGCUUAUCGAAUGGCAUCGAUUAGCGAGAGCCGCGCGACGACAAAUGGGGAUUGUGACGUCAUCAAGGAUAAAGUUCAACAGACGAAUGGAAGAAUUCUGGAAGAUUCUGACGAAGGUUGGUGUGUGUGACCUUGUGCUGUGUAAUGUAUAUGUGUACUGUAUAAUACGAUUGUACUGCGUCUGUAGUUUGCGGUAUGUCUGUAGCACGAGAGUAAUAUAUGUAGUAGGUUGGGGGGAUAGAACACUUUUUGAAACUAUUUUCUUGUCCCAUU